CCGCUUAUUUCAGCAUGACUAACGUUCUGAGGUUUUACUUCUGACCAAGUUUUCCAACGCUGACAGUUCACAAAGAACUCUUCGAGUUUAUAUCCCGGUAGCCGGGGCAGGGCAUUACUAAUCUAUUCAUGUUGUUACUUAAAUCACCCCGGGUCGAGAUUUGAGUCAGUUGUGCAAAGGUCGGAUAAGGCAUCAUGGUCAAGAUCGCAAUCGCGGGCGGCACAGGAAACGUUGCGAGCGAGAUAGUGGAAGUUCUUCUCUCCAAGAAGAAACAUCACUUGGUAAUUCUCACUCGCAAGGAUACUCCUCCUGACGCUAUAGUCCACCCUGAUAUCACCUAUGUCAAGGUCGACUACAAGGACAAGGCCUCACUGACCAAUGCAUUGCGCGGGGUCCAUACUGUACUUUCCUUCGUCGUGGUGGACCGUGACCGCGGGAGCGUCUCACAAAAGAAUCUCAUUGAUGCAUCUAUUGAAGCAGGUGUAAAGAGGUUUGCUCCCAGCGAGUGGGGAUCGUCCAAUGUCACGGCGAUACCUUGGUACACAGAGAAAGAGACUGUCCGAGAACAUCUUCGAGAAGUGAACGGAGAGAAGAAGGUCCUGGAAUACUGCUUGUUCCAAUGUGGCCUCUUUUCAGAUUACCUUGCGUUUCCUCACAAGACGGCUAAACAUAUUACCCCCCUCUCGCUUCCUUUCGACUUCCAGAAUCGCCGUGCUAUCGUAGUGGAAGGUCGCAACGAUAUCGAUGGCUUGACCUUUACCAAAGCUGAGGAUCUCGCAAAUGUAGUCGCUGAGGCCAUAGACUUCGAAGGCGAAUGGCCUUUGGUCGGGGGCAUCCGUGGCAACUACCUUACAAUUGGACAGAUCCUGGUCUUGGGAGAGAAAAUCAGAGGGCAACCAUUUUCAGUCGAGACGAUCAAGUUGGAGGACCUCGAAACAGGAAAUAUCAACACGUCUUGGUUCCCUGUGGUCGGGCAUCCAUCUAUACCAAAGGAAGAAGUCGAGUCCUUCUCGAAGGUAGCGUUGAAAGGCAUUCUUAUUGGAAUCACGAAGGGUGCUUACACCAUCCGAACUGACGAUUGGGAUAAGCUCCUUCCGUCGUAUAAAUUCACGGGCGUCGAGGAGUUUUUAUCUGAGGUAUGGGCUGGAAAGCCCUAGAAGACCUUAUCUAGAUGUUCGGCGAAUAGUCACGAAUGCUCUCGAGUUGCUUAACGUCUCGGUCUAUUCUGAUGUGUAUUGUAGCGACCGAAGAUGUCGAACCUGAGGCUCCUCGUUCGCCUGGGUCGUAGCUUUACCCCG